AACUAUUUAUUAUUAAUUCUGGUUCAUAACGAGAGCAGUAUAAAAAUGACUAUUAUAAAGUGUUCUUUGAUUUUUACAAUGUGUAUAUUACGAUUGACUUACCAGUUAGAAACUCCAUCUGAACCAGACAUUGUACCUGAAGAAACAAUAAUUUCAACUACCGAUAAGUCUGCAGAAAUGACGCCGAUGCCAAUAAAACCCGAAAAUUAUCCAAAACCGUCAUUAACUUGGAAUCCUAAACCGAGUUUUGAAACAAACAGCAGACCUUCGCCUCAAAAUAUCCUUCAAAAAUUAUUUACGCAAUUCUUACAACCCAUUAAGGUUUCAGGGAAAACCUAUGGACAUGGACCGAACGUGGUUGCGAUCAUAGGAGAUAAGCCUUACAUUUCUUUGGAAGUUUUUAAUAAGUUUUCACCAUUUAAAUGGCUAUUUAGCGCUUUUCAGGGUAAAAUACAAAAUGUAUGCCAGUUUUUCGCAUCUUCAUACCCUGAUGAUCCUAAUUCACCGCCAUCAACUGUAACUGUGCUCGACCAAUUGUUUGAAGAUAACCUACAUAAACCAACAGGAUCAAAGCAACAAUUUCAAGAAUACGGCUCUAUAAGGAUAUUCAACGCUCCUUUAUCUUCAAGAAAUAUUAAAGUAAAACAUUAGAUAUAGUAAAUUUUAACCAUUGCCAAGGUUUUAUUUACUAGAUAAUGACUUUUUGUAGUUAGACUUUAGAAAAAUAUAAGAAAUAAAAUCUUCAUGCUAUUCCGCUUACAUCUCUUAAGGUGUGAGCGGAGUAAAUACAUUGCCUUGAUUGUAUGAAAAAGUGUGUGCUAAAUUUCGGACAAAAACUCAUGUAAGAAAAUGUUAUGUUUUUAUUGUUUUAUUUUAUGGUGUACGUCCUUGUCCUCUUAGAUCUUGUCAUAGAUACUUCAUUUUGUAUGUUCUAGCAGUUAUUAAAGGAUGUCGUGAUUUUUGUAAAAUA